AUGGCGAGGGGCGCCUGCAGCGGGAGGGAGCUCGCGGAGCGGUGGAGGGGCAUCCUGGAAGCCGAAGCGGAGGAUGAUGAUGAGGGAGGAGGAGGAGGGGGAGUCCUCGGAUUGUCGUCUGCCCGGCGAGGGGUCCACCAAUCGAAAGAGGAGUGGUUCGCGCCUCUCCCGCUCAUUCCACACGUUCUUCUCUUGCUUUCAAUUGCACAACGGAUCCACGAACACCAGUUGUGUUCGUGGCGAGCAAUUGGACUUGACACUGGUUGUUCGUCGCUUAUAAUGCUGAUUAACGACGCACUGAUAGGAGAAUCGGAAAAAGUAUCCGUCUUUUCUAUUCGGAUAUUUUAAUGUUAAUCGACUUUUGCCCAUCGAAGGGUGCCUGAGAAGUAGCGCACUUAUUGGUACGCUGGACUGUAUCACUUAACCCCAAUUUUGAAAUAAACAUCGAUUUUUAAGCAUUUUCAAAUAUUUUUUUCUCAACCAGUUACUUUAUCUGAUCAAUGUAUUUUAUGACUACACUACAGAACCAGAUGUUUUCAUAUUUAACUGAAAUAUUUUUAUAGUAAUACCUUGUCGUGCAGGCAUAAUCUCAACUAUAGGUAGAAAUGAUGAAGUCAAAAUUCCAAUACCCCACUUGACACUGUUGAUAGUUACUAGUUCUCCCAUAAUUCACCUCACAUCUACACAAUUGAUCUCUUUACUUUGUUGCGUGAGGCAAAUGGAUACCAUUGGAUGCAACUUAAGAUUGAAUAUCCUGGUUACUCGUAUCAUAGGCUAUUAACUUUGGGUGAAAAAUCAACCAGAAGAUUUGUUUCUACCUGUAAAUAUCUCUGUUCGCCUAUAAAUUUUUUCCCAAGUUGAUUUUGCUUAUUUUUCAGGCCUAGUUUGCUCGAAUGGUGAUUCAAGUCCAACUCCGAAUUCUUUUAGGGCCCCUAAUUAUUGUGAUAGUAUUUUAUCGGCAGUUACAUUCAAUGAUUGCGUUUGAUUGUCUAUUUCCAUCAUGACAAUUUGUUCUACAUUUUCAGGUUUGUGGAUACAUUUAGUUUUUUGAUUAAUUUGCCAAAGGAAACUCACAUCUGGUGUGGUUGUUGGGAGUUGAUGGGGCCUCUUUUGGAAACCUUUCACAAUUUCUUUAAAGAUAAAUUCAAUGAUUCGCCCCUCACUCUGUUGUGGAAGAGAAUCUCCCAGGAACUUGGGCAGUGCACCCAGUGCAUUUCUCAACACCAUCAAGCCCAGGAAGCAUACGCUACAGAAUAUGAGUUUGACACUGUAGGACCACUUCUGAAGACAUUGCAAUGCCUAGAUGAGGAAAGGGUGGUAGAACAUCUCAAAGAUAUUAAUACAAAAAUACUUCGAAGAGAAUAUGAUCCUGAAUAUUAUGGUUCUGAAGUCGUCAGCAUCAUGUUCGAGGUAUAGUGUGCAUUAAAAUUUGUAUAUAGGAUUUUCUUCUCUCUUGGAUUUUGAAUAUUUUUGAAAAUUCCCCGUUAUUUUUCUUGUUCCAUAUUAAAUGAUGCUGAAGUACGUUUUGCGUAACUGAAAUUAUUUCAUAAAACUUGUUGAAGAGCCUUACUUUCAUGAUUUUUUUUCUGAUUUUCAGGUGUUAAUGUUUCCUACAUUGUUGGAUGACCAAUCCUUGGUUAAUGAGUUCCAAACCUUUAUUGAAGCAAUUGACAAUUCUCAUGAUGUAGCACUUUCUGGACAUCAGCAAUAUCCCGUAAUUUUUUUGCCUUCUGACAUGCUUUAGCGUUUGCUCAUAUUUAUUCCUAAUUCAAAUAAUCAUUUUAUUAUUGUCUGAAUGUCCGGAAAACUUUUUUUCUUUGUUUAGGGAGUGUAUGCUCUUCUCUUUUUGAAAAGUUCUAAAGCCCGGGCUAUUGGUCUUCGUUUGGCAAAAUCCAUGGGAAAGAUGAGGUAUGUAUGGCUAAGUUUUUGUGUUUUAUGAUGAAUUUCCAAGUCCCGCACAUUAUCAAAUGCAAUUACAAUAAUAAUGAGACUGUCUCAAUUGUAACUGCCAAAAAGAUUUGGAUUAAAUUUUCUCACUGAUCUCUCAAUUAUUCCACUCUUAUUUAAUGGUUUAGUUUAAACUAAGUUUUUUUGACUGUUGAAGAUGAUUUUGUAAAUUGUGUUGAGUCUCGUUAUGGUAAAGUUGGUAGCAUUCUGCUUGAAUUCCAUUCUGUAAUGACAUUCAGUCGGUAAAUAUUGCUUUUUACCUUUCUUAUAGAAAUAAUAAAGAAAGUUGAAUCUUGGAAGUGAAAUGGAAAAUUAUUUUUUUUUCUGUGCUUUUCUUUAUUAUCACACAUACCUUGUGCUUUCCUUUUUACGUAACUGCCUUCCAGGUUUUUGAAUUUUCUAUUUGAAAAUUCAAGAAACUACCUGUGCAUUUCUUACAUUAUUUCUAUCAUUAUUUACGAUUUUUGAAACAAUAGAAACUGAACUUAUGCAUCAUUCUAUUUGAAACAAAUUUAAUCGAGUAAGUUUUUUCAGUGGCCUCUGAACCUUGAUUUGGAAUUCCCCCAAUUAAUGGAUUGAUUCAUGUUGAGUUCGUUUCUUUACGUUACUGAUGGGUAUUUUUCUGGAUGUGAAUUUAGGCUGGCAGCUGACUUGGAACCUUUGCAGCCCUUGCUGAGGAAAUACAUUGGUUUCUUAGAGACUGAGGUGCUGUCAUCAGGUUCAGAGUCUUCUCGGCCAAGAGUUGAGCAUGAGAGACUUGCUGUGUGGCUUGGAAUUAAAACAUUGUAUGUUUGAAUUUCCAUGAGCUUGUCUUUCUCAGACUCUUUAUUUUUUAUUUUUUUUUCCGUUCUUCCUUCUUGAGGAAUGAGUGAGAUAGACUGUCCGUUUUGUUAGUGAACAAAGAGAUAUCAUGCAUCUACGAAUUUUAUGUGCUAUGUUUGGUACAAAUUGAGAUAUCCUUUAUUUCUAGUGCCUUGCCUCGCAAAGUAGCUGCAGACAAGUUGUCUGAAACACUUCUGCUGUUUGUUGGACGGGGUACUAAAUAAUUUAUGGGGCAAUCCUGUUAAGUAGUCUCAAAACCCGUCUUAGAAAAUAUAAUGAGAUAAAGAUCGACUGUUACAGUAGCGUUAUGCCAGAUGCCAAAGCCACUUGUUCUCAUAAUAAACAUAAAAACAAAAUAACUUGAAAAUGCUCAAUCUUGUUAGGGACCAAGAAGGUGCAUACUACCAAAACUCCUGCUUUGUACUUUUUUGAAAAUGUAGGCUAUUUUUAUGUAGUAUCAGCUCUUCAGAAUGAAAAUGAAAUAUUCUUUUUUAUGUAGAAAAUAUUCUCGUACGCAACAAGAGGAAAUAUCUAUUCAAGUAGAAAAAAAUCCUGAAUUGCCAAACUAAUGUAAGACACCUUGAAUUGAGAAGAUCCUUUGCUACCAUAUUUUCCCCGGAGAAAGGAACUGGAACUUUUGUUGUUUUCAUGAUAUUUUGCUAAUUUCAUGCUAAUCUUCUUUUUAUUUUAUCUAAUAUCUUUGAAGAAACUAGUUUCCACGUGUGGAUAUGAUCAAUGAUACUAAAACCCAAUUCCCUUUAGGUUAUAAAUGCUAUUUACUUUAUGGAUAUAUCAGUAUUUUAAUUUAUUUUCUGAAGAUAUAUAUUUAUGUUGUAUUUUUUAAGGCUAGGGUUUCUGGAGGCUCCAGCUUUUGAAGAAGGGAUAUUGGAGAGGUAUCCUGUAUUCCUGAGCAUUGUGCUUAACCAUGUCAGUGAUGACACUCCUGAGUUCUCCUAUGCAGUUACUUGCCUGAAGCUCCUUUUUGAGAUGCUUGGUAUGUUUCCUGGUUUCAUAUUACGUGUUAGUGUAGAUAAUUUUAAUGUUAAACUAAAGCAUUGCCAUACCCUUUUCUAUUUUCUUUGUAGGUUGUAAACUUUGGUUGAGGACAACAUUGUCGCCAAGUGUGAUGCGCAACACCCUACUGGGCCAGUCUUUUCAUACGCGUAAUGAAAAAAGCCACAAAGAGAUUUUUGAUCUUUUCCUCCCAUUUUUGCAGGCAUGCUCCAUGAUAACCUUGUUCCUUUUUUUUUCUUUUCCGUUUUCUCGCUCAGAAGAUUAAUUUAUGUACUGAAGUUGAUGAUAUAGUCUAAAUUUAUAUGUCCAGUCUCUUGAAGCUUUGCAAGAUGGGGAACAUGAAAAGCAGAGAAGACAUUUACUUUACUUUCUCCUUCAUCAAGUAACACAAAGCAGUAAUUUUAGUCUUCUGAUGAGGAAGAAUGCUUGCAAGGUUAUGUGCAUUCUUUUUGGUAUCUAGUGAGAAAUAUUUUGAAUCAUAGUAUUUUAUAAAUUUUCCUUUUUGGGCAUUUUUGGUAAGAAUACGCAGCAUAUUUUCCGCUGUGGCUCAUUUCUCACAUUUUUUUUUCAGAUUGCUCUUCUCAUUGUGCACCGUGGUUACAAGAUGAAUCCUCCUUGUCCGCCAUCUGAGUGUGCACAUAUGUGGUAUAAAUUGAUUAUAACUUUUUAUUUGGUUACCCUUGAAAGGCUAUUUUUUCCAUAUAGAUAAAUUAUAACGAUGUCCAGAUCCAGGUAGAAAAAGAACUCCUGACAACUGAGUAUCAUUUUACUUGCUGAUUGCAAGGAUAAUUACACAGAAAUCCACUGAAGGAUCUUCAAAAUUAUUAUUGCCAAGUUCAUUGUAUUGUUGUCAAGUUACCAAAGUUCUGGAGUUGGCUUGAUGCCAGACAGAGGAAAACAUAACCUGACCAAGCUAUAACUUGGAUCUGGGAGAACCUCAACAAUCUCUAAGGUCUUAUGUUUGUUUCAGUUACACCUCCAUUAAGAUUCUGAAUCUCAGUACUCUACGUAUUCUAAUAGUGAGCUUAGUUUUCCAACUUUCCGUGGUAAUAGUGAGUUUCGGAUCUAUGGCCUUGGUAAGCAUUUCUAAAUUUAACGGAAGUAAUCACUUUAGACCUGGGUUCGGUCGACAGUUCCACAUUUGGAGCCUAACACAGUGAAGUGUGCUCGCCUAGCAUUUGAAGGGCACAUUGCUGCACGUGUUGUGAACUUUUUUUUUGGGUCUCAUCGGUAGGUGCAGAUAUCACUUUAAUGGGGCUUAAUAAAUCAUAAUUUGUUUAAAGAUGUCGUGAGUCUUGACAUUCCUCUCUGCAUGUGGGAUUUUAAUGCUUGUUGACAUCUGAAGAUUUCCUCUGAGCGUGUUGGUACAUUUGGAUGUGCAGUAGAACUAUAGUAAUGUUCUGAAAGUGUUAACUUGAAAGCCAUCAUGUGUAGGGAAUACCUGCGUGUACAUCUUAUAUGGAAGAUUUUAGUAUUAUUUGCAGAUAUUUUGAAUUUUAAUGUGCAGACCGCCUUUAUAUAAUAAUAUUUUAUGGUGUUAACAGGGGUCCAUCUUUGGCUGGUUCCCUGAAGGAUUCAUCCCUUCACAGCUCUCUGCGCCAACCAGCAUUUGAUCUGAUGCAAACUAUCAUAGUCUCAGAUGCUGCUGCUUUGGCUUCUCUGAUAUUGAAGUAUUCUGCUUCUUCAAAUGAUGAUGUGGCCAGUAACACCAAUUUCAGCUAUGCUGAAAAUGAAGUCUCUUUUUCUCUUGAUGAAGAGGAAAAUGAAAGCAGCUGUUGGAAUGAGUUCAGCACUCAGGGAAUGCUUACCUCUCAAGACUGCAAAGAUUGGUCUUGUGUUCCCAUGUUAUGGCUUGAUGUUUUAGUGGAAGUGGAUCCUUAUAUUCUCCCAAUAUCCUUCUGCAAAGCCGUCGUUUGGGCAUUGUCUCGUUUUUCUUUGUUGGAUCCAGACACUAACGUAGAAAACCGACUCCCAGUGAGAGAAUGGAUAACUGCGUACACUAAAGAAGUCUUAAGCUCUCUUGGGUGGGAGAUUCCGCGUGGUUCUGAUGACGGUGGCGAAGGAAGAGAGUCAAAGAAUUCAGUCAAAGCAUCAUCCAUGUGCAUUCCUUUAAUGAGAGCAUUCAAGAGGUUCAUACUGGUUCUCAUUAAACUCGUAUUUCAUUGUUUGAAUGACUUUGAAACUUGUCUGAGUUAUUUUUUCAGGCAUUUUAUUUUUUAUUUCUCUCUGGUUUCUGGCAACGUGUUCAAGUUGUCAUUUAGUAUUCAUUUUAGCUAUUGAUCAUGUUGACAUCUUUUCUAGUUUUUAUUUUUAGGUGUGGUACACACUUUCUAAUCCAAGUGGAACAACGUGACCUUCACAAGCAGUUUACCUGGGAGCCCAAAAUGGCAGAGAGCUUGAUCUUGUCACUUAUAGACCCUAAUGAUGUAAGACUCCUGUGUAUUGCCUUUUCCACGUUCUGAAUUCAUUAUGAUGAAGCAAAACUUGAACAACCUAGGUUUGGUCUUAACCUCUGAAGACAGAAACCAAUGGCCCUUUGCUUGGCAUUAAUUUGCAUUUGUUUUUCGUUCUACAGGCUGUGAGGCAAGCUGAUAGAAUUAUAUUGGAAAAUGUUUCAAAGACACAGGGUCUUACUUCUGGUCUCCAGUUUCUUUGUUCUGGUGUCUCCUCGCUCUCUGCGAUGCUUUCAGGGUUGAAAUACGCUUUAAAACAGGUUAAGCUGUGUCUUAGUGAGUUCCUAGCUGCUGAAUGCUAUUGAUAGUCUAAAAUUUGCGUUUUGGAAUGUUUCCCCGACUAUCUUGGGCUUAAGGGGCACAUAAACUGUACUCCUUUUAUUUAAUUUCAGUUUUUCCUCUAGAUUAAGAUCCACACUUACUGUACCAAUGCAUUAUAACCAAUGUUCUCCCUUUCUAUGUACGGUGUAUUUUAUGUGCUUAUAUUAUAGUAUAUUCUUGCGGGAUGUUCGUUAGUACAUUAACUUAUAAAUCCUGUUUCUCUUACUGCUAAUCAAUCUCAUAGAUCAGUAAUGUACACCUCUCUGUUGAAGUUGACACCACACAUGACAUGGCAUGUGGAGAGUUGAUGUUACCGACCUUUUGGAAAUUUACAAACGGAAUUUCAUUGGCGAGAUAUCAGCGGUGAAGGCUAAGUGAUUCGUAUUUGUUUCUUCAUUUUUUUACACAUUCUCUCUUUGACUUUGUAUAAACUUGAGAAUGGUUCCUUCUCUAACACCCCAAGUUUUAAAUGCUAAAAGUUAGUUUUCUCUUGUUCAUCAAAUAGUCCUCAUUGAUGUUUGUCAAAAUUUUGGGACUCUUGCUCUGUGCUUCAAGACUGCACUUCUUAAUUGGGAUGAUAGUGUAUAUGGCGUUUCCUUUGAAUUUCUGUUUCCUUUGAAUUUUAGUUGCCAAGUAUGUUAUUCUGAUUUCCGUCUUGAUCUAAAUGACUUCAUGCUUCAGUCAUCCAUACUUAUAAAAUUCGAAAUCAAUUUCUUUUCUUUUCAUUCUUCAGUUCGAUAAUUUGUUAGCUCUUUGAUUUAAUAAAAUUUUGUGAAUGAGUUUCUUCCUCUGUUUUUUUUAUUGCCUCACUCUUUUGUUAUUCUGUUUCUCAGGUUCAAUGGAAUCCAAGCUUACUUGGUUUCCAUGAUCUUCAUCACUUGUUUUUCAUAAUUUUCAAACUUCUGAAGGAAGUUGUAUCUUCACAGAAGACAGCAAUUUCAUCUCGAGAGGAUGCAAAUCGUUCGAAGCUUGUAUCAGGAGGGGGCUUUUUGCAGCAACCUUGUUUUGAUUAUUCACCUGUUAAAACUCAGGAUCUUUCUUUAAAUACUGUGGACUUACAGUCUUGGAAGACAUUCGGCUGCUUGCUGUCAGCAAUAACAUGGCCAUGUAUAUUAAAAUAUUUGGUGAAGGGGAGGGAAUUUAUUGAUAAAAAAAAUUGUCAGGUAUACAAUGAUGUCUCAACAUUUUUUAUUAUUUUAAUAUACGGGAUAUUUCCAUCUUUCUGUUGGAUAAGCAUGCUAUUUGAUGCCAAAGUCAGGAACUGUUCGUACACCAACUUUAAUAGCGGUGAUUACGGUGAUGUAAUAAUAAAGAUGUUUUAUUAAACUUAAAAUUUGGUACAUUAAAUCCACUUUGUAUUCUCUUUAUUUUUGAAUAUUUUCCUGAAGUUUACUUUUUUGUUUUAGAUGACGUGUGUACGUUUUCUGGAAACUAUUCCAGUUAUUUUUGAAAGGAUGAGCUUAUCUUCAGGUCAGAUAUCACAGAAUUUGGAGACCAUAUCGUCAUUGAUCUUUGACUUCAAAUGGCUGCCUGAUCUGGCAGAUUGGGGGAAGUCUUCCCUUGUUGUCGUGAUUAGACAUUGGAAAAAGUCCAUUCUCUCUUUGCUAAAUUUAAUAAAGGGCUCUUGUCACAUUAGCAUGGCAUGCACCUUUGGUGCAAUCGAGACACUAGUGAAUUCUGGUUUGUUUCUCUUCUAUUUCUAAUUAUAUCUCCAUUUUUUGUCCCAUCUUUGGUUCACUUUUUUAUUCAGCGAAUUAUUUUUUUUAAUUCCAGAUAAUAUUGCAAUGGAUGAAUUGAAGGGAAGGCUAUCCGAACUUUCAGUUUUGUUGUCGAAGUUGCCUGUUGGAACUGUUGAAGAGGCAUCAUCAAAGUUGGAGAGUGUGCCUUCUGAGCAUCCUUCUUUGGGAAGAAAAUCGCCCAUUGCAGGUACUCCUUACCCUAACAUCAAGGAUUUAUAUAUCGAUAAAGUGCACGUAUCUACCAGGAAAGACAGAGUUAUUGUUCUUUCAGACGAUGAAAGAGAAAAGUUGAUCUCUCCCGACAUGGAGGCUUUGUCUUCCAGUAGGUUAAGUGACCGCAAGUUGGACAAUAAGCUAUCUGUUUGUGAAGACGGGCCAAAAGUAUCAGAUAAUAUGGAGUCUGCUUGGGUGAAUGGGACAAGCAAGCCACGGCAGUCUUUGUCAUACCCAAAGGUUUCUGGAUACAGUAAAUUAAUUCCCCAAAAGCAUGAUAUUGAUGUGGUUGACAAAUCCCAACCUUUUCCUGGAAUCUUGCCUUUUGUGGAUAAGAAUGCUGUCUCUGAACGCAGUGCUAGGAAACAUGUGAAAGAUAGAACAAAAAACUCGCUGUCGUCAAAGAAAGUUGACUCUGUUCUCAUUGGAUCGUCUACCCAUUCUUUCCCUCGCGAAAAAUCGUGUCUGGUUUCAGGUGGGAAUAAUGCUGGAGAACUAGAGAGGAGGGUUGAUGCUCCUGAAGAUGCGACACCUGCAACACGUGGGCGUGGUGUUCCUGAAAGCGUCUCUGGUAAUCAUGAGGAAGAUACUGUGCACAACGCAUUCUCUGACAAAGUUGGCUCUCUUCUCGGAUCAUCUACUCACUCUUUCUCUCAUAAAAAUUCCGACCGGGUUUCUACUGGUAAUGACAACGUCGAACGAGAGAGAAGGGUUGAUGUUCCUAAAGAUGCUAUAUUUGAUUCUGAUGAUGAUACAUUGGAGUCUGCAUCUGAUCCUAUACGACAUCUGGCCCAAUUGACAAAGCCUAUCAUGUCUGUUCCGAAAAGAAAAGUCAUUCAAUUAGAGAUGCCUACGAACAACAAAAAUGGGUUGCUGAAAAGGUUGGAUAAUGGGAUGAGAAGACUUAAACCACCCAAACUAGAUGACUGGUACAGACCUAUUUUAGAAAUUGACUACUUUUCUAUUGUGGGUUUGUCACCUGAUGGUGUUGAUGCUAGUGCGUCUGUGGCUAAGCUACAAGAGGUUCCUCUUAGUUUCGUGUCACCUGAUCAUUAUAUUCAAAUUUUUCGGCCUUUGGUUUUAGAAGAGUUCAAAGCUCAGUUACUUAAUUCAUUUUUGGAAACUUCAUCAUCAGAUGAAAUGUUCUGUGGGAAUCUUUGUAUAGUUUCAGUUGAAAGAGUCGAUGAUUUUCAUAUUGUCCGUGCCCGCCCUGAAGACGGUGAAUCUGCAAGAGCUUUUUCAGAAAAUGACCUUGUUUUGCUUACAAAAGAACCUCUGCAGAACAGUGCCCAGCAUGUGCAUGUUGUAGGCAAGGUAUGAGGUUUUUCUUAUGCAUUCUUCCUAUCAUAAUUCUGUAAAUGUAGUCAUACUCGUCAACCAUGCUAUCAGUUAUAACGCUUUGCUAUAAUUUUCAGUUGGAAAGGCGAGAAAAAAAUGAUAAGACCAGGGCUACGAUUCUUGUGAUCAGGUUCUACCUCCAAAGUAAUUCAUCACGCUUAAUCAAAGUCGGUAGGCUUCUUGUUGAGAGAACCAAGUGGUACAUUAGUCGGAUAAUGAGCAUAACACCUCAACUUCGAGAGUUCCAGGCUCUCUCAUCAUUAAAUUAUAUACCCAUGCUUCCUGCUAUCUUGAGACCGACAGAUUGCCAUGGUAGUUUUGAUGAGUCUGUGAAAGUUGAGUUGGGUAGUUUGUCGCUAUCCAUGCAGAAGAUGCUGAAGUUGUCUUUCAACGAUAGUCAGCUUCAAGCUAUCAGUGUUGCCAUCCAGGGAUGUGAGAAGUCUUUUGGACUGUCUCUAAUCCAGGGUCCUCCAGGUUGAAUCUUCUUGCCUUUACUUCUACUACUACUUGAAGAGCGUGGCCUAUAAUCUCUAUAAUAUAUCGAUUGCUUGAAUGUUUUGCAGGAACUGGGAAGACCAGAACAAUAGUCGCAAUUACUAGUGCCUUGCUAUGUUUGGGCUCAUCAAAGAGGUUUGGUGCCUCAAAGGAACUGAACAAGACGUCUAGGCAGGAUACCACUGUGCGCGCUGACAGAUCUCGAAUUAGUCAGUCUGCUGCAAUAGCGAGGGCUUGGCAAGAUGCAGCCUAUGCUAAACGACUGAUAACGGAAGAGGAGGAACAUCAUUCCGGUUCUGUACAAAAAUCUGCCGGAGGAAGGGUCCUCAUUUGUGCACAAUCAAAUGCCGCAGUAGAUGAGCUGAUAUCCAGGAUGAAGGGUGGCCUUUAUGGAGAAGAUGGAAAGAUGUACAGGCCUUAUAUAGUGAGAGUUGGAAAUGUGAAAACCGUACACCCUAAUUCCCUUCCAUUUUUUAUUGAUACACUAGUGGAGCAGCGGUUGGCUCAGGACAAGAGUUGCAGUGAUGCAAAGAAUGAUUUGAACGUAGAGUCUUCCGCAUCACUGCAGGUUAAACUUGAAAAGUUGGUUGAGAGUAUUCGGCUUUAUGAAUCUAAGCGUGCUAGCGUACAGGAUCCUGACAUGUCCAAGAGCAACAUUUCAGAGGAUGGGUCAUCAAAAGAGAAUAAUGUGGGGGAGUUGAACUAUGCAAACAUCGAAUCUAAGCUGAAAACCUUAUAUGGCCAAAAAAAGAUCCUAUGCAUGGAUAUUAAUGCUGCUCAGGCUCGAGAAAGAAAGCUUUCAGAAGAAAUCAAAUUCGUUAAGCAGAAGACUCGUAGAUCCAUUCUAAGGGAGGCACAGAUAGUUGUGACGACUCUCAGUGGGUGUGGUGGUGAUCUCUAUGGUGCCUGCUUUGAUUCUUCUUCCCGAAGUAGACUGGGAAACUUACCUGAAUAUGCUUUAUUUGAUGCUGUCAUCAUUGACGAGGCUGCUCAAGUAUGUUCUCUUUGUACAUUCAUGGCUUGUGCGAAAUCAUGCUUUCGUUUAAUGCAUUCUCUUUGAAUCAUGCAGGCCCUGGAACCAGCUACACUGAUUCCACUUCAGCUUCUCAAAUCAAAUGGAACAAAAUGUGUGAUGGUAUCAUCUCUUGAAUUCAUAUCAAUCAAUUUUAAGUUAUCAAUCGAGGAAGAUAAUGAUUUUUAUUGAUCUUACCUUGGGUGGUAUGUGACCGCUGUCAAAUUAUUUUCCUGAAGGUUGGGGAUCCAAAGCAGCUUCCUGCAACUGUGUUGUCUUGUGUGGCCAGCAAAUUUCUAUAUGAGUGCAGUAUGUUUGAGCGUAUGCAAAGAGCUGGUCAUCCAGUGGUAAUGCUUACCGAACAGGUAAUGACAAGCUCAACUCACAUCAGAUGACCGCUUCAAGACAUGUUUUUUCGUCGAUGUUGUUGAUUAUUGAAUUUCUUAACGAAAAUGAGAUAAAGAAAGAUAUGUUUGCAUUUAUUUAAAGAACGUCACUGGUUCUUUUUUGUGAGAUAUUAUGAAUUUGGAUGACCAUUUAUCAUCUACGGGUAUAUGAAAAUUUUAGAAUAAUGUUUAUAAAUAGUGAACACUGAUCUUUGGAGCAUUUUCUUGUUUUCAUAAAUCUAAAAUCUACGGUGUACAUGCUAUGACAAGUAAAAGUAGAUGUUGAAUUGAUUGGUACUUUGGUCUAAAGUCGUGGAGAAUUGUACUCACAUGGAAAAAAAAUCUAACAAAUCAGACCUUGAUUUUGGAUUAAAGUUUCGUCAAUAAUCAGAACAAGACAAUAAGUUGGUUACAAAUAUAAAAUAUUUAUUUUUCAUAAAAGUUUGGCCUUUUCUACUGGAAUCAUUCUCAUUUUCUGCUGUCUUUUUCAUGUGACCAUAAUUUGUAACUUUUUGAAUGGAAGUAGAUAUUCAUUUAAUUAUGGCCGAAUAAUAGAAAUAGAAAUAUGGCAUUUCAGAUUUCCCUGUCAGAGAAAAUAUAAAUCUGAUUUAAGACUUGUUGAUUUAGAUAAAUUUAGCAGAUGAUGCUAAUCAACAGUAACAGCCAGGUAAGAAAAAAUAGCAUUUUAAUUAAAAAUUAAAAGUAUCGAAAGCAGACUUUAUGGUGCGCAUCCUUGAACUUUCGGAGAGACAUUGAAGUGUGCGGAGGGGAAAUUGUUGAGUAGUGUAAAAAAAUCCAUUUAUUCCAGAUAUUUUUCAUCUUAUCGAUGUUCGGAUGCUAUUUCUAAUGAGGCUGACUUUUCUCCUCCACUUUUCAAAGUAUCGUAUGCAUCCAGAAAUAUGCAGAUUUCCUUCGACGCAUUUCUAUGGGGACAAAUUAUCAAACGGCCUUCAGAUGGCCAGCAAGUCCGCGCCGUUUCACGAGACUGGUAUUCUGGGGCCGUACAUGUUCUUUGAUGUUACCGAUGGUCGCGAGAAUCACGGAAGGGGAAACAGUUCUCUCUCUUUGUAUAAUGAGUCAGAGGCUGAUAUGGCUGUCAAAAUUGUGAAAUUUCUCAAGAAAAGGUACUCCUUUUGUUUCUCUCUCUAGGGCUCCACUUGUUUCAGUUUGACCUCUCAAGUUGUAGCAAGAUUCUAGGUGCAGCCUCUCACCAUGGUCUGUAAUUUCUGAGACAGGUACCCUUCAGAAUUUUCUGCCGGAAGAAUUGGAGUUAUAACGCCCUACAAGAGUCAACUUUCGCUGCUGCGUUCUCGAUUCAGCGGUGCGCUUGGUCCGAGUGUUACGGCUGAUGUGGAGUUCAACACUGUGGAUGGCUUCCAGGGCCGUGAGGUUGACAUCUUAAUACUCUCAACAGUCAGAGCUUCCGUGUCCAAUCCCAGAGAGCAGGGAAGCAAGUCAAACAGCAUUGGUUUUGUCGCGGAUGUGAGACGGAUGAACGUUGCUUUGACUCGAGCCAAGCAUUCUCUCUGGAUUGUCGGAAAUGCGAGGACAUUGCAGACAAAUCUCCAUUGGUGUGCUCUGGUGAACGAUGCUAGAGAGAGAAACCUGUUCAUAUCUGUGGCCAGGCCCUAUAGGUCUGCCUUUAAGAGUGCUCCGGGCUUCGCCAAGGAAGAUGUCAACUCUCCUCAGCUGGAAACGAGCUCGAGUCAACGCAAGAAAGCCGACGCCAGAGUUGCAAGGUAUACCGAGGAAGAGCAGCGAAGGAAAGCAAAGCCUGCAAAGAAAGAACCAGAAAGAAAGGAGAACAGCGCUAUGCGGUACCAAGUCUCAGAUAAAGUAGACGGAGGAGGGGGAGAAAGCACCGGGCUCCCAUCCAGCAGGCAACCUUACAGGUCCGAGAAUCCGGAGAUUUAUGUGAAGAGACUCGUCGCAGAAACCGAUCGUCACCGCAAGAAAGACGUUUCAAGAAGAAACAGUGAAUCGGAAAGCAGUGCAGCUGGUUCCAAGGAGAAGACCGAGGUAUCUACUGGUCAAACGGAGAAUCUUCAUACAAAGUCAUCAGCCACCAGGAAGGCUAAGAGGAUGCACAGGGCUUCAGAGCCUUGUGUCCCGUCCGCUGAUGCACAGUCGUCGGCUGUGGGAACAAAUCACGGAAAAGAUGCGGAAUCCAAGGGAAACAAUGAGAGUUGGGGGAAUUCUCGCGAGGAUCUGAUAUCAAAGAGGAAGCGACAGCGUGAGGCUGUUGAUGCUCUCCUGUCUUCAGCGCUCAUAUCUUCGAAGAAGCCUGAGAGUUUACCAAGGCCUGCACCUAAGAGGAGGCCUUAG